UGACAAUUCCUCUUCCAGUUCUGCCUAUGAUAAUGUCAACAAAGUUCGGGUGGCUAUAAAGAAGAUCAGCCCAUUUGAACACCAGACCUACUGUCAGAGAACUCUGAGAGAAAUAAAAAUCCUCUUACGCUUCAAGCAUGAAAAUAUUAUUGGCAUCAAUGACAUUAUCAGAGCCCCAACAAUUGAACAAAUGAAAGAUGUAUACAUUGUGCAAGAUCUCAUGGAGACGGACCUUUACAAGCUCUUAAAGACUCAGCAUCUUAGCAAUGAUCACAUCUGCUAUUUCCUUUAUCAGAUCCUGAGAGGAUUAAAAUAUAUCCAUUCAGCCAAUGUGCUGCAUCGUGACCUCAAACCUUCCAACUUGCUGCUGAACACAACUUGUGAUCUCAAGAUCUGUGACUUUGGCUUGGCGCGUGUGGCAGAUCCAGAUCAUGAUCACACUGGUUUCCUAACAGAGUACGUAGCCACACGGUGGUACAGAGCUCCUGAAAUCAUGUUAAACUCAAAGGGUUAUACUAAAUCAAUUGAUAUCUGGUCUGUAGGCUGCAUUUUGGCAGAGAUGCUAUCAAACAGACCCAUCUUUCCAGGAAAACACUAUCUUGAUCAGCUAAACCAUAUCCUUGGGAUACUUGGGUCUCCUUCUCAAGAAGACUUGAACUGUAUAAUCAAUUUGAAAGCCAGAAACUACUUGCUUUCUCUACCAUACAAAAACAAAGUGCCAUGGAAUAGACUGUUUCCAAAUGCUGACCCCAAAGCUCUUGAUUUAUUGGAUAAGAUGUUGACCUUCAACCCUCAUAAAAGAAUUGAAGUUGAAGAAGCUUUGGCCCAUCCAUAUCUAGAGCAGUAUUAUGAUCCAAGUGAUGAGCCCGUAGCAGAAGCGCCUUUCAAAUUUGAGAUGGAACUAGACGACUUGCCGAAGGAAAAACUGAAAGAACUUAUUUUUGAGGAAACUGCCAGAUUCCAGCCAGGAUACAGAUGCUAAACGGCUUGAUAAAGGAGUUAAAUGGCUGGGAGUCCACAUAGAUGUCCCAUUCCUGGUUCUUUAUCAGUGGUCAGACAUUUUGGCCUGUUUCAGCUUAUCCACUAACCACUGCAAGCCGUUCGGGAGGGCCAUUUCUGGCACUCCAGGCUUCUGUGCUUUCAAUGGAUUCUUUAUUUAUGCCUGAAAUUGUUACCGAUAUUUCCUGGGUGUAAUAUCCAUUACUGACCUUUUUUGCAGAACUGUCCCUCCAUAUGCAUCUGCUGCUGACAAUGUUUGAACUGCUUCUAUUUCUGAUUUGAAAGAUGUAGUAUUCUGUUUCUUGAUUUUAACCAAGAUGGUGGCUAACCAAGUUGUUUACACCAUGAACCAUUUAUUUUCUAGAUUUUGUUAUUGGUAUUAUUAUUUUUUUAAAAAAAAGAAAAAGCUACAGUUUAGGGCACUUUAAGUCAGUGGCAUCCUCCCUUCUUUUGCACUUCUUGAAGCCUGCAGUGGUUUUACUCACACAAUGCAGGUGGAUAGAUUGACAGCAUAAACCUUGUUUAUGCACUUUCUUUAUUCUUUGGAACAAAUGGAGAACAUUUAUUAGGACAUCUAGAAAUCCAUUCUUAACAAAAUCAUUGAAAGCUACAUUUUCUCUCCCCUUUAAGAGGUACUUCUGCAAUUUUAAAUAAUGGUACUCCCAAAUUUCCUACCAUUAUAUUGGCAAAAUAACAGAGUGCAGUCCUAAGCAUGUAUAUCCAGCUUACUGAGGACUGCAACUUAUGGACACAGAAUAUGGUAGUAGCUCAGUAGCUUACAGAGUGACAACAUAUAAUUAUAAUAAGAACAAAAUCUCCAAUUUGAUCCUUUUCUUUUGUAAAAAUGGAUUCAUAUGGUGUGCUUUAAUAAGCAGAAGUAACUCGUGUGAAUAUUGUAAACUACUGUGUCUAGCUACUGGAUAUCAACGAAACACUUGUAGGAUUUUCGUAAUCUUUGCAUUAUAUAGAAGGUUCUGACAAAGCAAGACCUCAUCUUUAAAGCAGAAGGUUAGAAUUUGCAUUUGUUUCCAUAGCAUGCCAGCAGUUCAAGAAUGUUUCUUGGACCCUGGCGGUGGUGAUGUGCUUUCAGAUCCUUUACAUCUGUGGCACUGAAAUGCUUUUAGGUGAAUAUCUGAGUAAUGAAAUAAGGGUUGAUAAAAGGCGAAAGAUUUGUACGAUCUGAAGAGAAACCAGAUCAAGGGUUGUUGAUUGUACAGAGAGGGCCACCAAACAAAGCUAUUGCUAAAUCGUACUUAUCAGAAUUUUUUAAAAUGAUAACUCUUCAAGUAUUUGUUUCUAAAGUGGAGUUUACUAGGUGUUUUGUGCCAGUGCAGUGCCUCCUUUACUUUCCCCACUGCUCUGUGGUGAAAAAUUUGCCUUGUUCAAGAUAAUGACUGUGCCCUCGCAUGACUGUUAAAAAGCUUUCUGUGCAAAGAUGAUUGUCUUAAGUGCCACAUGCCUACAGUUGAGAGGAAAAAAAGUUACCUCUGAAUUGUGUUCAAUGAAAUUCUCUUCCCACAAAGACCGUGCGGAAAAUAAGCUUCUGUUUUUAACUCUUCGUCUCUCUGCUCUGUCGUAUUUUGGCAGCAGCAAAGGACAGAUUGCACAAAGAUGGCUUACUAAUAUGAACAGACACACUUGCAGUUGAUCACAAUGGAUUGAAAUUUUAGUCAUGACUCUUUAUGGUAGCCUUUCGAAUAAUGUGAUUUGCCGUUGGAAAUAUCAGUUGGGAUUCAAGCUGCUGUAGGAGAAAGGAUACUUUCUGGUGACUAGUUCUAAUUUUAUUUUCACUAUAAUUUAGGAAGUAAUUAGCCCCAUGACUCUUAACAGCCUACUCUUAGGCCUAACAUUGGUUUAUUCCCAAGUAAGUAUAGGAUUCUGAUCCCAGGCCCCAACCACCUCGAUGUACUCAUACUGUCUUUCAAUGUAGCAUAUUCCUAACCAUGACAUUGCAUUUGGUGAAACAUACUCUCCAGCAAAUUCAUCUAGAAUUGUGACUUCAUCACUUGAGGAGGAUUAGGCUCUGCUCCAGCAUAAGGAUGCUUAUCAAGUUCUGAAUUGUCAUUGAUAAAUACUUAGGAAUGUAUCUACUAAAACUGACUUUUAACUGAACAAGUUUGCCUCCACUGGAUGCUUUCUAUGCUGUUGGAAAUACAGUACUAUUGUGGUUAAAACACAUAGUACUAUUUUGGUUAGAACAUGUGUUAGGAACAUUUCGAGAGAAAAACUACACACAUAGGUCACGCACUUGUCUGUUUGUCCUUGUGUGAAAAAUUGUUUUGGCCUUUCUACACAACAUGGCUUUCCAAAAUGCCUCCUUGUAUUUGAAUUGAACUAGACCCCGAAGGUUUACAUGAUCGUUACCAAAUUAACAUAGUAAAUUUUGACUGUUAAGAGAAUUGCCAGUAAUAUAAGAGAACAGGUUUUGUUAAGCCCUUUUAUUGCUUUUGUUGUUUAAUCUCCUUAGAUUUAUGUUUUGGAGAGUUCUCUGAGGCAUUAUUUGUGUGGCAACAGAUGGAGUUUGGAUUACUAAUUGAAACCACCGAAUGAGCUCAAAUUUCCACCUUCAGUCGGUUUUUGACAGAACAAAAUACCGUUGCAAAGGUAAUACAGUGUGCCCUUGCUUUAUGCGGGGAUCCGUUCUGGACUCCCCCGCGUAAAGCAAAUUAUGCGUGUGCUCAAGCCCCAUUUAAAUGAAUGGGGCUUGUCACUCCAUGGGCACACGCCCCAUUUGUCCCUAUGGGACGCACCGCUCCUUUCUCCCCGCACAGUUUUCAGCAUAUACUGAAAGCUGCGUAAAGCACGCCCACGUAUGACGCGAGCGCUCUGUACUUACAAAAUGUGUCAUUAGCAUACGUUUCCCCUUUUUCCUUACCAGUUCUAUCUGCCUUUGUGUAACUACUCCAGAAAUUCCUACAAAAGUUUUGAAGCAUUACCAGUAUGGUAUGUAAUUAUAUUAGAUUUUAAUCAGAAAUCUUUGAUAUGAGGCAGUCUUAUUUUGGAGCUAAUGUGCGUUGAAUGGAGCAUGUGCACAGUCACUGUCAUGUUCAGCUUUUGAGUCUAUGCAUACAGUAUCUCUCUGGCAAUUUGAGAUUUACUAUUCAUUUUGUCAAAUCAGUGCACAUCCUCCAUUGAAUUCUUCUAAUCUGUAAGAGUUAUAAACUGAUGGACGUUCCUGCCUUAAACUAAGAAGGCCCUGCAGUUUAUGGUGGUGAGAGCCAGCUUGCCAUCAUGCUUUGGGUGCUGGACUAAGACUUGAGACCUGGGUUCGAAUCUUGCUCCAUCACAGCAAUCUGCUUGAUGACUUUCAGCAAGUUACAUUCUUUCAGCUUCAAAAAGGCAAACCCCCUUGGAACAAAUCGUGCCAAGAAAACCCUGUGAUAGGGUCACCGUAAGUCAGAAACUACUUCAAGACACAUGACAAGUUCAAUGAAAAUUUGUUUCUUGAUGGAGCUUUGUUUCUGAGGCCUAUUUUCCCCCUCAAGCCAUACAUGUGUGCCAUACAUGGGAAGCCUUGUAACGCAUGCUUUCAAGCGAUAUCUACAUUUAAUACCCAGGUUCGAUUUGAGAGCUACAAGAUUUGGGGCAUUAAAGGCAUCCUGGUGGUCCCCACGGUAAAAUAUCUGAACAUGCUUCAUGGUGAAAUUUUUGAUGUGCAGUCAGGUCUGAGUGGCAGUGAUUUUCUAACUUCUUCGGCAGGGAGUCUUUCUUAGCCCUACAGCUUGUGAUCCUUCUAAAUUGGAGAUGGCAGCUUCAAACCUAUGACCCUUUCAGCAUCAGACCUUAUGCUCUACAAGUAGGCCACUACACAGAUACACACACUCUGCCAUCUGCUGUACUAUGGUAUAUUUAUAAUGUAGCGGCCAAGCAAUUGCAAAUGAAGAUGUCAGAUUCUUGAACAUCAACUGGUUUGUGUACAUUUAAAUCAUUACUCCAGUGAUUAAUAAAUCUUUUUUUUAAAAAAAUUAGACAUGAUGUGGCAUACAUACAGAUUUACCCCCUUGCAUAGUAUUUCUAUAUUUAUAAAGCAAUGUUUUAAAGCAAUCCCAAGUUUUUAGGGAACUAUUUUUGUAAGCAUUUGCCAUUCUAAGUCCAAGAAAAUCCCUUUAAGAUGAGUUUGAAAUACGGUUAUCCUUUAAAGUACAAACACUAAAGGCCAUGCUGACCGGAGACGAUGGGAGUUUUAAGUCUGACACACCUUGAGGUCACUGGCUCUGCAGUAACAUUGUGAAAAGUGCACCGUAGUAAUGUCCAUCUUUGCAAUCGGUGUUAACAGCAUCUGAUAGGAUUGGAACUGAAAUGGUAUACUGGAAGAAAUAUUGGAACUGAAAUUGUAUACUGGAAGAAAUAUAACAAUAGAACUAACCUUGCGAUCCCGAAACCAACUUUGUAAGACAGCAGAAGGCUUACUAUUGUUGCCUUUUCUCGUGGUGUUUCAGUGUGCAGUACAGCACUCCUAAGAAAAUACUUUUUGCUUUUGUAUUUGCUUUGUACUGUUGGUGCCUUAGUCAUGUAUCCUAAACAUCCUGCACAUUUAAGUGAUUUAAGUUAAUGGUAAGAUUAAAACCUAAAAUGAAAGCAAAACUUUUAGGAGAUUUUUCUCUGCAUUGUUACCUUAUAACAACGGAACAUUUAUAUUGUGUGAUGGAUUUGUGACUUGGUUAUGAUGAUAUGUAUAGAAUGAUUGUAAGUAGAAAAGAUUUUUAUUGCGUCUUAAUUCUGUUGAUGUAAGUGUACAUUUUUUAAAAAACACUUCAAUGUCUUGUUAGUACAUGCUGUCUGAUUCUUGUAUAAAACAAAUGUGGAGAAAUCAUUAAAUGGUGAUCCUGGAUUACCAAA